GAUAUUAAUCAUAAAACAGAAUGAAAUAAUGUCAUUUGUAGCAACAUGGAUGGACCUAGAGAUUAUCAUAUUCAGUGAAGUAAGUCAGAAAGAGAACUACAAAUAUAUGAUAUAACUUACAUGUUGAUGAUAAAAAAUGAUACAAAUGAACUUAUUUACAAAACAGAAAUAGACUAACAGUUGUAGAAAAAUUUAUGGUUACCAAAGUGGGUAGGGGGAAGAUAAGUUUGGAGUUUGGGAUUAACAUAUACAUAUUACUAUAUAUGUAUAUUACUACACAUAUUACCAUAUUACUAAAUAGGUAAACAACAAGGACUUACUGUAUAACACAGGGAACUAUACUUAAUAUCUUGUAAUAACCUCUAAUGGGAAAGAAUCUAAAAAUGAAUAUAUAUAUGUGUAUAAACAUAUAAUUGAAUCACUUUGCUGUACACUUGAAACUAAUGCAACAUUGUAAAUCAACUAUACUUCAAUUAAAAAAAAAAUAGUGAGUCAUACUGACACACCAUGAUGAGAGAAGAGUGGAUAUAAAAGCCCAAAAGCAUAAGUGGUUCGGGCUUUCUACAUUGAGGGUGUGUUUUUAGCAUGGAGGAGAAAAAGCAGGAUAGGUGGUGGGUCCCACAGGAUCUUGGUAAGAAAAGGCCACUAGUUUUUGUUUUAAUACCGUAAAGGAAAAUAACAAUCAUUGAACAGAUAAGGAUAGAUGGAAUUUGUCAUGUGACAUGAACUGGAAGUAAAGUAUUUAGAAUUAUUAUGAAAAGUCAUUUUACCAGGUCAAAGAGCUCCUUUCUUUAUUUCUCUACACUUUCUUUUUUGUCCUUCAGUAUUUUAUUCUUGACUCAUCCUUGAUUUCUACACAACUAGUGUCAUUUGCUUUCUACCUCUCUUGCUCUGCCCACUUUUCCAAUCAUACAGGGAUCUGUGAGCAAGAGAACCCUCAGAAGUCAGGACAGGUAGGAGCAGGGGAGCAGCUGCCAUGGCUUCAGAAAUCCUGGUGAACAUACAGGAGGAGGUGAUCUGCCCUAUUUGCCUGGAACUUCUGACAGAACCCCUGAGCCUUGAUUGUGGCCACACCUUCUGCCAAGCCUGCAUCACUGCAAGCAACAAGAAUUCAGUGAUUGGCCAAGACGGGGAGAGCAGCUGUCCUGUGUGCAGAACCAGUUACCACUCUGGGAACCUGCGGCCUAAUAAGCUUGUUGCCAACAUAGUACGGAGACUCAGAGACGUCAAGUUGAGCCUGAAGAUGGAGCAAAAGAGAAAUCUGUGUGUGCAGCAUGAAGAAAAACUCCUGCUCUUCUGUGAGAAGGAUGGGGAGGUCAUUUGCUGGGCGUGUGAGCGAUCUCAGAAGCACCGUGGUCAUCACACGUUGCUCGUGGAGGAGGUUUCCCAGGAGUACCAGAAGAAACUUCAGGCAGCUUUGGUGGGGCUGAGGGAGGAGCAGGAGGAAGCUGAGAAGAUGGAAGUUCAAGUCAGAGAAGAGAUUGCUAUGUGGAAGAGUCAAAUAGAACUUGAGAGACAAAAUGUCCAGGAGGAGUUUAAAAAACUGAGAGCGAUCCUGGACAGUGAGGAGCUGAAGGAACUGCAAAAGCUGAAGAGUGAGGAGGGAUUGAUUCUAAGUAACCUGACAGACUCUGAGCAUGAGCUGGUCCAGCAGAGCCAGUUGGUGAAAGAUCUCAUCUCUGACCUGGAGCAUCGUUUGCAGGGGUCAACAGUGGAUAUGCUGCAGGAUGUGAAUGACAUCAUGAAAAGGAGUGAGAACUUGACCCUGAAGAAGCCAAAAAGGUUUUCCAAGGAAGAAAGUAGAGUUUUUCGAGCUCCUGAUCUGAGAGACAUACUACGAGUGUUUAAUGAGCUGACAGACAUGCAACGCUACUGGGUUCACGUGACCCUGAAUCCUGUCAAGCUUAAAAAAGAUGUUGUUAUUUCUGCGGAUCAGAGACAAGUGAAGCACAAGUUUAUUCUGGAACAAUAUACUACAUACCGGACUGAUGAUUAUGAAGAUUAUGGUAUCCUGGGCUCCCCAGUUAUCACAUCAGGGAGGCAUUACUGGGAGGUAGACGUGUCAAGGAAACGUGCCUGGAUCCUGGGGGUAUAUAGUGAAAGACGGCCUGAAUAUACUUUGAAGUUACCAGUUGAAAUCAGUGGAAACUGUCAAAAUGUUUACUUGAGAUAUCAACCUAAAUAUGGCUACUGGGUCAUAUGGUUAAGUCAUGAUUCUGUAUAUAAUGCUUUUAAAGAUUCGUCCUCCUCAGAUCCCUUGAUUUUAACCCUCUGUCUGAGUGUUCCUCCCCGUCGUAUUGGGGUUUUCUUAGACUAUAAGGCUGGCACAGUCUUAUUUCUCAAUGUCACAAACCAUGGGUUUCCCAUUUAUAAAUUCUCUUCAUGUUCCUUUUCUCAGAAAACAUUUCCAUAUUUCAGUCCUAUGAAAUGUGAUGCCCCCAUGACUCUGUGCUCACCAAGCUCAUGAACCUUCUCACACCCACUUCUCUGCGGUGCCUCUUAUACACCUGAGUUUAUCUGCACCAUUCUUACCUUUUUUCAUGCUGCCUCUCGUUUUCUCCAUUUGAAUGUCCUUCGUUUAUCAAUAGGGUGUAAGAUUUGCCUUGUGUCCUAUUUUUCCCAAUAUCAUGUUUGCAUUAGGAGAAAAAUCCUAAUUCACCAUUUUCCAUAACCCAAAGGAAAAUGACAAAUGCCUCAUAAAGACAGAGUAGUAUCAAGGUAGCACCUCUGCCGAAUUUUUACAAUCUUAAUUCCUCUGGUGCUGACUGAGAAGAUGAAGGAAAGCUUUUCAAUAACUUGAGUAUAUUAGGAGGGUGAGUCAAAGUUUUCCGCACUGUGGCUGUAAAAAUGCUACAGGCAGAGUGCGGAUAGUUGUUGACUAAUUUUCAUACCAAUGACCUAAUAUAGGAGUUAUUCGCUAAAGAAUGAGUCCUGAGCAGUGUCCCUGUUUACCCAUGAUGUCCCUUAUUUAUUAAGGAAUUAAGGAAAAAACAUCAAAAAUGAUAUGUACUAAGUGUUGCAGUUUUGUUUCUGGAGUGUCUGAGUUCAAGUCCUCUCACUCUACAUAUUAGCAGUGUGAUGUAGGAUAACAUCCCUAAAUGCUGUUUUUAUUUUCCUAUUGUAAUCUUGAUAUAGAAACUGCACCAUACAUAAGAUCAUUGUGAGAAGAUAAAUGCUAUUAAGUCUAAAGCAUACAAGUGUCUCAAUAGUGAAUAUUUGAUCUAUUAAUUACUGAAAAAUACAACCUGUGUUAGUGUCUUAUUAAACAGGUAUGUGCUUCAGGGGCACAAGGGUUCUUUUGACUGAAGUCUCAUUUUCCAGAUCCUAGAUACUUCUGUGCAGCUGUCAAGUCUACUCCAACUCUCCCUGUCAUAGAAAAGCAUGCAUGAGUGUGUAUGUGAUCACAGCUAGAAUUUUAUUAUAAUUCAGGUGUUUUUACUACAGGGUCUUUAAAGUAAACUAAAUUCUAUGGAAUUCAGUUUCUCAUUUGUUAAAAAAAGUACAAAAUGUACCUAAUUAAUAUUGUGAGUAUUAAACAAUACAAUGUUUGAAAUAACUUCUGUAAUUCCGAGCACGAAAACGGUAUGGUUUAUUCAUUUUUUUGUUCCCUCUCACU